GAUAUUUCAUGUCUAACAAUCUACUGACUCCUGUCCCUUCAGAACGACUUCUUGGACCUGGGUAUGGACAAGGUGUAUGGCCUUUGCGUGAACGUUUGGCACUUGCUACUGCUCUUUUGGAUGUGGAUAAUCAGCAAGGAAGUUGGGCUGCCACUAGUCGUCGUAUGAUGUGUUUUUCUAGACCAGGUCGACCGUCUACAUGGUGUUCAUCUAAAGCUUGUGCCAAACAAUAUGCUCUACUUCUGGAUUCCAUUGAGUUAGUUAAGCGACAGAAGAUGCCAGGAAGUGAUUCUCAGUCAAGCCAGUUAAGUUUAGCUGAACGUGUUGUGAAACGAUUAAGUGCUGAACGUGCAGAAGAGUUGAGAUCGCGAAUACAAUGUGGUCAACGAUACUACAGUUUAUUAAAAAACAUCAUAUCCAAUGUGGAAUCUGGAACGUAUGAUAAUCAGUUAACGAGUUUACUAAAUGUAGUGAACCUAGUCUCAGACUGUAAAAAGAAAUCAGAAACUCUUGGCGGUGAAUCUGUCCAAAUAACUGCACCUUCAGACAAUGACUCUUCUAAUCAACAGACUGUUAUUGCGAAUGAUCCAAUCAAUGAACCACAGCUUAAAAAAUCGAAUGAAUGUUCCGAAGAAUCAAUCACAGAACAUAAUCUUGCCGAUAAUCAGCAAAGUUUCGUCGAACUUUGGAAAGAGAUCCAAGAAUUUUAUCAUAUUCCUGAUUCAACGUGGUAUUGUGCUCCUGGUCCAAUAAAUAAUCGAAAUUCUACUGGAGGAUACAGUGGUGUUACGAGUCGGUCUCGUCCGUCUGGUGUAGGCUCGCUUAAUUUUUCCCGUUUAUCAACUCUACUGGCAGAGGCAUCUUCUCCUGCUCUAAAGCCCGCUACAAAGUCCAGAAAUUCGACGAAUAAAUCUUUGGGUUAUAAAUCUAGUUUACAUGAGAUUGGUCACACAACAGCUGCAUCUCGUGCCGCUGAAGCAGCUAAACAAAGAUAUUUGUCGAAAAAAGGCAGAAAAAAAUUCUCAUCUCAUACAAGUCAACCAAUUCGAAUUGAUAAAUCCAGUAAGCAAAACAUUAAAUCAAAAACAUUGUCGACAAAGAUUUCACGCAACAAGAAAUAUGGUUACGCUCUAGCCUCGUCCACUUCUAAAGCAGCUCGUCUAAACCAAGCUAUCACUCGAAACUCACAACCAUUGGAUUGUAGACCAUCUCACCAAAAAAGCUAUAGUAGUGUCUGCAAAAAGUUUGAGUCUGUGAAGAAAGAAAUCUCUGACAGUGAAACAGAACAAGAAGAUGAAGAUUCUACGUUUAGCGAGUCGUCAACGGAUAAACAAACUGACACACCUUCGUCAACCCCAUCAACCAUUGCAAUGUGUAUGUCUGAUGUAGAAGACUUUCUAAUUCAGGAUGAUGAACAAUCUGAGAAAACUAUUCUUAAUGACGAUAAUGCAACUAGUUCUACUUUGGACACGGAUAAACCUGCUACAACUAUACCUGAUGAGGAUGGAACUAAUGGUUAUAAUUCUGAAAGUGAAAAGUUCACUACAUCAUCCUCUUUGUCUACAGAGGCUGUUGGCGAAACAGACUGUCAGGUUGAAGACAAAGUUUCUUCCAUUUGCUCAACUCCUACAAUUGUAAAUACAACUGAUGUGCCUGAAGUUGUAACUGAGGUAGAACUGAAACUUGAUAAUUUUGAUCAAAAGUCACCUGUAGGCGAGGUUGUUGCCAGUUUGAACGAGAAUCUAUCUACUGAUAAUAAGUUAGAUGAGACUAUUCAUAAUUCCGUAAAUGAAACAGAAGUUCCAGUGAUCUCGGACAUUCAUUAUUCCCCUGCAUCGCCUGCUACUAUUCAAAUUUCAGUAGACCAUACAACCAUUUCGGAAUCCAAAGAUUUUGUGAAUAUGGACAGUGAAAUAUCUCAUAAAGUUACUCGCGUUUCUGAUGCUACAGAAUCUUCCAACGUGUCGCCAUCUACAUUUGAGCUUGGGAAAAGCCUAGAUGAAAAUCGCGGUUCUGCUUCAAAU